GCUAGCUCGCCAGCUCCCGGCUGGCCGGUGGUGUGCUGUGGAGCCAUGGGGGAGCCCUGGGCGCUGGGCCCGGAGGCAGGCUUCUCAUUGCUGUUGUGCUCGGCGCUGCUGGCCGUGGGGUGCGCGCUGGGCCUGCGUCUGGGCCGCGGGCGGAGCGCGGUGGAGCGUUGGGUGCUCGCCUGGCUCUGCUACGACUCACUGGUGCACUUCGUGCUGGAAGGCGCUUUUGUCUACUUGUCUAUAGUAGGAAAUGUUGCAGAUUCCCAAGGCUUGAUUGCAUCUUUAUGGAAGGAGUAUGGCAAGGCUGACACAAGAUGGCUGUAUUCUGAUCCGACCGUUGUGUCUUUGGAAAUCCUGACUGUUGUCCUGGAUGGGCUCCUGGCACUGGUCCUCAUUUAUGCCAUAGUCAAGGAGAAAUAUUACAGGCACUUCGUACAGAUUGUCCUGUGCGUGUGUGAACUCUAUGGCUGCUGGAUGACCUUCUUCCCCGAGUGGCUCGUUGGAAGCCCCAACCUCAACACCAGCAACUGGCUCUACCUCUGGGUCUAUUUGGUGUUUUUUAAUGGCCUGUGGGUUCUGAUCCCAGGCCUGCUGCUGUGGCAGUCAUGGGUAGAACUGAAGAAGAGAGAUUACCAAGAGGCCACUUUAGCGAAGAAGCAUAAAUAAAUUCUCAGAGCAACCCAUUCUGACGCUCCAAGUCAGAAUUGACCGGACAUUCCAAUCUGGGCUUCCUUUUUUUAUGGUGUUUUGAACCAGCCAUUACAGAUGGGUUGGAAGGUGGCAAACUGGGCUGUUUGUUUUGGUUCUUUGAUUAAAUGGUAACAUGAGAGAGAA